AAGGUGAAUUUGAAGUAUCCAAAGGUGGUAAACGUUUGUAUAUCAUGGGAGCUGGUCGAUGUUUCGGUGAAUUAGCUCUAUUGUACAAUUGUAAACGUACAGCUUCUGUAAAAGGUAAAUUGCAAGUUGUUGUUGCGUUUGUAUUUUCUACUGCAUUCUAA